ACCCCUGGCUGCUACGUGAUACCGAGAAACGACGGUCCUUUAAAAUAUUCACAGUUCACACAAGUCACGAACCAACGGGCAAAAAUUUGAUUUUUAAAAUACAAUUUUUAGUUUAAUUUAAAAUGCCUUUAAAAGGUUUAAAAGUUCUAGAAUUUUCUGGUUUAGCACCUGUACCGUUUGUUGGGGCAAUUUUAUCAGAUUUUGGUGCUAAAGUUACUGUAAUAGAACAAACAAAUGCAUCUUUUGCGGAAUUCACAAAUUUGCUAAGCCAUGGGAAAAGAUCCAUUUCAAUUAAUUUAAAGCACAGUGAAGGUGUGAAAAUUGUCAAAAAAUUAGCAAAAAGUUCAGAUAUUUUAGUUGAACCAUUUAGACCAGGUGUGAUGGAAAAGUUGGGAUUAGGGCCAAGUGUUCUUAUGGCAGAAAAUCCAAUGUUGAUUUAUUCCAGACUAAAUGGUUAUGGUUCAAAUGGAUAUUAUUCUAAGCGUGCUGGUCAUGACAUAAAUUAUUUAGCAAUUUCUGGUUUGUUGUCACUGUAUGGCGGUAAAAACCCAAAGCCUAUACCACCGGUAAAUUUCUCUGAAUUUACUGGAGGUAGCAUAUUAUGUGUAUUGGGCAUUCUUAUGGCAGUCAUAGCACGCCCAAAUAUUAAAAAGGGUCAAAUAGUCGAUGCAAAUGUUACCGAAGGAAUUGCGUAUGCCGGCAGCUGGUUCAUGCGUUCUCAAGACACAUUACUUUGGGGUAGACCAAAAGGACAUAAUUUUUUAGAUGGCGGAAUGCACUUUUACGAUACAUAUGAAACGAAAGAUGGAAAAUGGAUGGCCGUAGGAGCAAUAGAACCUCAAUUUUAUCAAGAACUAUUACAAGGAUUAGGACUUGACCCUGACGAUAUGGCACAAUUAGAUGAAGAAGAAAAUGAAAAGAACAGAGAGAUUUUUUCGAAAGUAUUCAAAGAAAAAACUCAAGGGGAAUGGUGUAAAAUAUUUGACUCAAAAGACGCUUGCGUGACUCCAGUUUUAAACUUCAAAGAAGUGGCCCAACAUCCACACAAUAAGAGUAGAAAUUCGUUUAUAGAAAAAAAUAACAUUGUUAUUCCAAAACCUGCUCCAAAAUUGAAUGAAACUCCUGGAAUUUCAAGUGCACAUAAUUCGAUUGUUUCUUGCGGUCAGCAUACAAGUGAAAUACUAAUGAGCAUUGGAUACUCUGUAGAUAAAAUUAAAGAACUGAAAAUUAAUAAAAUUGUUUAUCAAGAUCCUAAAUCUAAAAUUUAAUUAUUUUUGUAUUCUUUAUAAUAUGGUGUCAGUAGUGUAAUUAUAAAGGUAUAGGUUGUAUGUGUCCACCUCCCGCUUUUCUUUUAAUGCAUAUGUUCUCAUAACAAAAUUUGUAUACUCUAUCUGCAGAUACACAAUUUUCAUUUCUGACUACACACAUACAUAGAUGGGUAAAUUCAGUGUAUACUCUAAAACUACUGGACUAUACCACUGUAUAAUAUAUAUAUAUAUAAGUUGUUGUUAUUGUUAUUAUUGAUAAAAAUCAGCUUUGGAUACUUAAGGAUGUCUAAUCAAAUACUUAAGACAUAUAAUAUGAUUUCAUUCACAAUUAACAUUAUUUUAUCAUAAAGAUAAAUCAUUUUUUAUACAUAAUAACUGAUUUACAUAUUUUUUU